CUUAACCUCAUACUUAGUAAACGAACGAACAACUUAACAACAAACUGGAUUAACAUAAUAAAAUGGAACAAGUGUGAUAAUAAUAAAUAAUAAAACAAUGUUGGUGACUAGUUUUAGACCGUGUAAGUUGUCAAAUAUUCUUAUUGCAAUUGUUGCGUGUAUAUUUUGUUAUACAUUGUUUAUGAAACUAGAAAUGAAUUAUGAAGAAAAAUUGCCUUCGAUAUUGAAGCCGUACCAGGAGAAUAAUAUUUGGAUUAUUUUCACAAAAGCUACCAAAAACAGAUCACCACUAAGAACAAAAUUUCAUAAUAUUAUUGUGAAUUUAUUAAAUGUUAGCUCCAUCCCCCUAAAAUUUAAUUUUAUCACUGACUUGCCCUCAAAAGAGAUUUUAGAAGAGGAAAUAUCAGACAUUGUGUUAAAUACUAAUAAACCAGUACCCUACAAAACUUAUGACUUUGAUCUUUGUGCCUCCAAAAUUAAAGACAUUGUUGAGGCUAUGAUGCCACAUUUUAGUUCAAAACCAGGAAGUUAUUAUAGUGAUGCAUUGUUUUACCUAUCUUUGGGUCUGCACCGAAUAGCACCAGUAAAUCAAGAUAGAGUUAUUAUGUUGGACUGUGAUUUAUAUUUUAAAAAUGAUGUGGCUUUGUUAUUCAAGGAAUUCAACAGUUUUAAAUCAACUGCACUCUUUGGUUUGGCACCGGAGUUAACAACUGUUUAUCUACACGUGUUACAAAACUAUCGUAGGACGAAAAAAAAUUCGACUUUCGGCGAAUUUUAUCACGACGAUGUCAUAUCGGCGAUUGAAAAUCAUCCAAGAGGAUUUCAGGGCUACAAUUCAGGUGUCUUGCUCCUGGAUUUAAAAGCAAUACGUAAAUCAUCCUUGUACAAUAACUUGAUUAGUAAAGAUAAUGUGGAUAAAUUAGCGAAAAAAUACAAAUUUAAGGGUCAUCUGGGCGAUCAGGAUUUUUACACGUUAAUGGGAUACGAACAUCCCGAUUUGAUCCAAACGAUAAACUGCGGUUUUAACAGGCAACUUUGCACGUUCUGGCGGGACCACGGCUACAAAAAAAUUUUUGACGAUUAUUUCAAGUGCAAACACAAAACUGUUAUUUUGCACGGUAAUUGUAACACAAAAAUACCUGUUUGACAACAACUAUUUGUGAUAUUUGAUAGUAUUAGAUUUUUAUUGGGAGCAAUUUGAAUACAUUCCUUAAUUAUCGUACUUUUUGUAAGAUUUACAUUAGACAACCAAGUUUAGUUUACAUUUUUAUGGAUUUAGAGUGUUGCCAGGCAAUAGGUUUCUACUUUAAAUUUUAAUAAUGUUAUCAAUUUAGUACAAUCUUAUCUGUGGUUGUUUGACAAUCAAUUUAAAAUGCAAUUUUCAUGCACAAGCUUUGUUAUGCCAUUUUUGAAAUCAAUCACUCGCCAUACUAAGUAAAUUCAAGAAUUAGUUUAUAGUAUUUUUACCCAAUUUCAUUAUAAAAUAUGAGAUUGAUAUGUAUGUAUAGUAUUAUAUAUUAUGUAAAAAUCUAUUCUGUUAAAUUUAAUUAUAUUUGUUAUAGUCUGCCAUUUUACAAGCAGAGUUAUAAAUGUUAUACAGUUUGUAAAUUUUAUUGUCUGGAAAUAAUUGUGAUACUUAAUGCCUUUUAUGCACAAGUGCAAUGCCUUUUAAAAACUUUGAUUGGAUAUUAAAUAUUUUUAAUAAGUU